AUGUCUACAUACAACCGCUAUCCAUUAGACACGAUCUCAGAGGAGAUCACACCCACAGAUCAUUAUAUUCUGUGUGGUGGAGGCACAUCCUCUUGCAUCGAAAGGCUGCCUUCCCGGAUACAACAAUAUAAGAAACCCCCCAGCUCUAGACAACAAAUCGAGGACCUGACCUACGAAAUAAGCUAUCUGAGAGCCGAGCUUCAGUGGCAACGAGAGUCGAGGGAAAUCUUUCUUCGUUUCCAGAGAAAGAUGUUUGAAAUAUUUGGCAUGAUGGAAGAUGAGCUUGCGCAGAGCACCACGCGACUCGAGGAAGCACGUUCAAACUAUCUCGGUCUAUGGGAUGUGGACCCAAAGGUAGAAGAUGAAGUAAAGGCAAUAUAG